AUGAUGUUGCUGCAUGUGCUGCUCCUCCUCUGUGCUUUUCCUCUUUCAAAUGCUAAAGGCCGACUAAGAGAAUUCCAACUAAUAAAUGGAAGAAUCACCAGAACUCUUGCAGUGAAUGCAUGCAGAACAAACUACACUGACCUCGCCACAGUUUAUGACCAACAAGACAAUAUACAAUUAAGGACACUGCUCAUUAAUGUUCCUGAUCCACCUACUGGAUGGAUCGGUGCUUUUAUAAAUAGUAGCCGUAAUAAAUGGUCAAAUGGUGAUGAUGUCACAUUUCGCAGAAACAUUACAAGUUAUGCGGAAUCACGCUGCGCUGCUAUGACUUCAAGUGGAGAUUGGGAAUUUCUCACAUGUACUGAGACAAGACACUUCAUGUGUUAUAAGCAAGAUGUUGAGCGAGCAUUAUUAAUCCUUCAAAACAAAACCUGGUUUGAGGCUCAGCUGUACUGCAGAGAGAAUCACACUGAUUUAGUCAGCAUCAGAAAUGAAGAGGAAAAUGAACAGGUGCGGGAAGACGGAAACAAUAGUAGGAAUCCUUUCUGGAUCGGCCUGCUGGAGGACAGUGUGGAAUGGUCUGAUGGAGGACAAUCUGCUUACAGAAACUAUACAGGCCCUCCUCCUGUCAGAGGAGAAUUAAUGUAUAUGUUUCAAGAUGGGAGUUGGUGUAAGAGUACAGACGAUGUUAGACAUUCCUUAUGCUACAAGAGUUUCAUUCAUGUGAGUCCGGAUGAAAUGUCCUGGGAGGAAGCUCUGGAUUACUGCAACAGCAACUUUUCUGGACUACUGCGCAUCGAGUCUGAGGAUGAUCAGAUGGAAACGGAGCGAGAGCUAAAAAGACAGAAUAUUUCAGAGCCAGUGUGGGUGGGGCUUAGACAGAGCCGACUUUUCGGUUUCUGGAUUUGGUACAAUGGGCUCCGUGUGGGACCCUGGACCAACUGGAAAGAAGGAAGUCCACCAGAACAUCAAAUGUCCCAGCACUGCGGUGCCUUAGAGAAGGUGAACGGUCAAUAUAAAUGGUGUGACAAAGACUGCAGAUCUAAAUUUAGAGUUUUAUAUCUGCCCUUGUUACCGAGCAAUGUCAUCCACAUCUCGUUUUUCAAUCAUCCUCACCUUUCUCUAUCUCUCAACACCGAGAUGAAUGAAAUAUCACACAAUGCAACACGGCGAAACGCGUCGAACCAUUCGGCUCAAAGAUACCCAUUUGGCAGGAUCAUCAAUACACAGUCCAGGAACACGGUCUCUAACAGCCCCGUGGACUCGGAGACCAAAAGUGGCACCUUCAUUAAAACUUCACCAAAGUGCGUGACUGACGACAUGCCCUCCGUGUUCAAAACACUCAGCCCAUGUGUCAGGACUCGCAGUGAAAAGGCUCUGGGCGCUUUGUAA